GCGGUUAGCGGCAACUUCGGGUCGAACUGUCGUCGACCAUAACCUUUAUCGCGAGAGUUUGUUUUUUUCCGGUACAAGGAAUUGGUAAACGGUGAGAACAAGAACUGUCAAACCGACGACUCUAUGACCUCGGUAGAGAAUAUAAUGGAAUCGAAAAGCGACGACAAAGAUGCCGCGACGCUGUCAGAAUUGUUUGAUAAAGCGUUCGAGCUGUUCAACGAUAUCAAUAAGACGGAUCAACCUACAAACAGCACAAAAAUUCAGUCCGACGUCAAACGAGCCAUGAAUAUGAUGGAAGACGCAACGAGGCUGGUUUCCGCAGUGGAUAUGUUCAGCGAAAAUGAGAAUUUUGAAGAACUGCCCACGGAAAAUAUUAAGUACUUGUUGCUUCCGGCCCUCCUUGGUACGCUUGCCACGAAAAUUUGCAACGUGGAUGAUCGAAUGCAUAUCGUUAACGUGGCCGAAAUUUAUUUCGUCGACUUCUUGAACCGCGUGAAAUCGUACGGUUUGACAGAUGUCAAUUUACCGAAACUCCAGUCGAAUGAAGAUAAGGAACACGAUCCCGGGAGGAAUCGUUCAAACGCGGAAGCAAUCACCGAAAUGGUACACCGCAGAAACACUAAACUGCAGAGAUACAAGGAGCAGAAGGAAUUAGAAUCGCGUUUGGAGAUUCUGAAGAAUAAUUUAGACAACCCGAACAUCGAUGAUGAGGAAAAACGGGAUUAUUUCACGACACUCGUUAAAUUGUAUGUAAACUCGGCAAUAGAAGAGUUGAGCAUGCUAGCGGCCGAGAAGCCGAUUCUAGAACACAUGAAACACGUAGGAAAAAACGAAACUAUGGGUUCUCAAACCUCGCGGAAGCAUAAACCGUCCGCUAGCAAACUGCAGCCGAUCAUUAUUACGCGAGACGAUCUACAGAAACAAGUAUUCGGAGCUGGUUAUCCCAGUUUACCUGUUCUCACGGUCCAAGAAUUUUAUGAUCAGCGUGUGAAGGACGGAGACUGGCCGGAUCCGGCGAAGGCUGGUACAAAAUGUUUGCAAGACAUGGCAAACUCGAGCGGUAACGAUCAACAGGAAGAGAUUAAAAAAGAAGAACUGCUCGAAGACGACGACGGUGAAACAUUGAGACAGAUGCGGGCCAUGGACGAAUACAAGGAUAUGCAUAGGAGAGGGUGGGGCAAUCGUGCGAAUAGAAGCUGAGCUUACGAAUGUUGCAUACAAAAAUUGUUAUCAAUCUGUUAGCUAUAUGCGCCAUUUAAUUAUUUCAAUUUACACUUGUUUUGUUUUCCUUUUUAUUUGAGAGCGAACAAAUCAUUCUACAUGUAAUAACAUUUAUUUAGAACAGACUUUGUAUGACCAUUGCAUGGUAAAGAUAUUUGUAGUUUA